UGAUAAUAUAAAUGGUGCUCACCUCUUUAGAAAGGCGUGUAAGAUUAAGAAUUUGAAAUCUAUUUGAGUCUAGAGAUCGGAAAGUUUCACAGGUUUCUGCGUUUAUGUUAUUGAGAUGUCAUCGUAUGACAACGUUGUUGGUGGGAAAUUGAAGCUGAAGGGGAAAGCGCUGGAUGUGGCGGGUGGGGUGAAGAAGAAGAAAAGGAAGAACAAGAGAAACCAAGAUCAACUUCUGCAAGUUACCGAAGAUGAAAUUUCAGCAGGUGGAAGCGCAGAACAAGGUAAAGAUUCUAAUGAGGAGGAUACAAAUACGGAGAGGGAAAUGAGCAGUGGGAAAGGGAAGGUUGCCCAUUAUGAUGAUCAUCUUACCCCGGCAGAGAGGAGAUACAUUGAGCAGAGGGAGCAACUUGAUGUUCACAGAUUGGCCAAGAUUUCUAAUAAAUCUCACCGUGAUAGAAUUCAAGAUUUCAACCAGUAUCUUGCAAACAUGAGCGAGCAUUAUGAUAUUCCUAAAGUUGGUCCUGGAUGAUUGGUUCAGUGCGCUUUGCGAGUAUGAAGCCAAAUCCUUAUCACUUGUACUUGUUGGUUAAUUUCAAUGGCAGUGUGCACUCACAAUGGUUAUUGUCACUUUACCUUCAUACUUUGUUUUGGACCAAAUUGUAUUUCCUAUAAUAUGUGUAUUUCUUUUCUCUUCCUGUCCAUGGAGAGUUAUGUUGUUGCCUUCAACGAAAUUUGUCUUUUUU